AGUUUAUCUGAUAAAACGCGGGGGCGCAAUAAAGGAGCAUAGUUUACAAAGAAGUAAUUAGAACUGGACAUCCUGGAGUUAGUGCAGUGUGACCUUACAUGAGCGUUAAUAACAAGCUCUGUAAAGAAGACCAGCACAAUACCAGAGCUGAGGCCACACUUGAACAUGGAGCUUCUGUCUGUCCCAUCACCCCUGCUGAGUUUUGGGAAUGCUAACUUGAUAGGGCUUGCUGUUGCCAUGGUUUGUCUACUAAUUCACUUGGUGAAGAACAGAAAAGGACAUAACUACCCUCCAGGACCAUUACCCCUACCCUUGGUGGGAAACACUUUCCAGCUGGACUUCAGCAACUUACCUGAAAGCUUAUCCCAGUUGGGGAAAAAGUAUGGGAAUAUUUUCAGCCUGCAGAUAUUCUUUGAGAACUCUGUUGUGUUAAAUGGUAUAUGCUAUCAAGAAGGACUGGUGACUAAAUCAGAGGACACUGCCGACAGACCCUCCAUACCAAUGUUUGAGCAUCUUGAUUGCAUAAAGGUAGGGAUUGCAUUCAAUAGGUAUGGUCAAUAUUGGAAGGAGCAAAGACGAUUCGUCCUAUACACUUUGAGAAACUUUGGAAUGGGAAAGAAAACUAUGGAAGAGCGUAUCAGUGAAGAAGCUGGCUACCUCUGCUCUGCUUUACAGGCAACCAAUGGAUGUCCCUUUGAUCCGUUUAUGGUAAUUACUAAUGCCGUCAGCAAUAUCAUCUGCUCAAUUAUGUUUGGAGACCGAUUUGAAUACACUGAUUCAUCAUUUCAGAGAAUGAUUUAUCUGUUAAAAAAACUGUUUGAAUUGGAAGCAAAACCCAUUACUCAGCUGUAUAAAAUAUUCCCCUGGCUCAUGAAGGUGCCCGGACCCCAUCAGAAGCUUUUCGACAUCCAGCGUUCUUAUCUAGACUUUCUAAGAACAAUUAUCCAGAAACACAGAGACACUUGGGAUCCUGCAGUCAGGAGGGACUUCAUCGAUGCUUUUUUUGAGGAAAUAGAAAAAAAUAAAGACAACCCUAACAGCAGUUUCGCUGAAGAAACACUUCUAUAUGUGAUAGCGGAUCUCUUUGUGGCUGGGACAGAUACCACAUCUAACACUUUGCGCUGGUCCCUCCUAAUGAUGUUGCUUCAUCCUCACAUCCAGAAGAAGGUCCAUGAAGAAAUUGAUCAUGUAAUUGGCAGUGACAGACCACCCACUAUAGAAGACCAAUCUAAAAUGCCGUAUACCAGUGCAGUCAUCCAUGAAGUCCAGCGAUACGGGAAUAUCUUGCCUUUAGCUUUGCUCCAUAUGACCUUCAGAGACACCAAUAUCCAAGGAUUUGACAUCCCCAAGGGCACCACAAUCAUACCUAACUUGACAUCCGUUUUAAAGGAUAAGAACAUUUGGAAGAAACCGUAUCAAUUUUACCCAGAACAUUUCUUGGAUUCAGAAGGAAAGUUUGUAAAGAACGAAGCAUUUAUUCCCUUCUCAGCAGGCCGUCGAAUAUGUGUAGGAGAGCAACUGGCAAGAAUGGAUCUCUUCAUCUUCUUUACAUAUCUCCUUCAACGAUUUGAGUUCCAUAUUCCAGAUGAUCAGCCAUAUCCCAGGCUUGAUCCUGUGUUCACCUUCAACUUCAGCCCUCAUCCCUUCCAAGUCUGCUGCAGGGAACGUUAGUACUGAGCAAGAAGACAAGCUAUAAUUACCAAUUAUCUUAUUGAUUAUUUUUAUAUGUAUUUAGGUAAUGUAGUUUCACAAAUAAUAUUUCAGAUUUCGACUCCUAAUCACCUAACAGUAAUCAUCUAAUCAAACUGGACAGGUUACCAUACACACAUACUUCAUUUUGUAGCAUUUUCUCAUCUGCCAUAAAAUGUAUUUGUAGAUAAUGUCCUUUUUGAAUAAAACCUUUAACAGUG